AUGAUGGCACAGUACUCCAAGAUAACAAGACAAGAGCACAACGGCUUUUCUCACCAGCAGCCGUCUUUCAUCGGCGCCGUGCUGAGCCUCAAAGCAGAGACCGCCCGCGUCUACCUGCCUCCCGAUGCCAACUAUUUCCUUUCCACCGUCGACCACUGCCUGCAGUCCACCAACAAGGUCAAUCUCACGAUUGGUUCCAAGCAGCCGACAGCCGUCUACCUGACAACCGAAGAAGCCGUUAAGCACUGUAGGAAGGGAGCGUCCAUCUGGAAGUUUGCAUCCACCAACAAUGACGGUGAGCCGGACAUUAUGCUCGUCGGCGUGGGCGUCGAAGUUACGUUCGAGGUCAUCAAAACCGCCGAGCUUCUGCAGAAGAUAGCUCCGUACCUGCUUGUUCUCGCGCCCGAGGCGCGCCACCUGCACGCCAUGACGCGCGAGUCUUUUGAGAUCAAGAGGUAG